AUGAUGGCGGGUCUCCUGUGGAGGGCGAAGACGGUGGGGCGACUUCCGUCUCUAGCUGUGGCGGUGCGGCAGCGCUCGAGCAAGUCGGGGGUGGGGGAAUUGGUGGAGGUGGACACGGCGGAGUACGACGUCGCGCUGAAGCACUUCGACGACUUAAUCCACCGCAUCCUGGUGAAGAAGGCCACCCCGGACUGGCUCCCCUUCGUGCCUGGCUCCUCCUUCUGGGUCCCGCCGCGACCCUCGCCCUCCAACGUCGUCGACCUCGUCCACAAACUCACACGCGAAGACGAACGCCCCCACGAUUCCCCUCUCCUGUCCACCAUCCGCGGUUGGCCCUCCUCAAAUUUCUACAUCAAUGAGAAUGAAUCUACUGAUGAUGAGGAGGAUACUGAUGUGGAAAUAAACAAUCCAGAUGGGAGGGAGGGAACUGUGAAAGUGAAGGUUUUGACAUUUUCAGAAAAUGUAGCUUUCUCAGAAGAUGAAGAGAGUUGA